AUGUAUUUUGUUGUAGAGCAAUGGAAGAUCAUCAACGUGAAACCAUCUCAACUGGGUCCGAGUUACCAGCAGAAUAUCGAGGAGAUGCUGCGUAACCAGGUCGAAGGUCAUUGCAGUUCUAAAUAUGGAUACGUUGUAUGUGUUAUUCGUAUCAUUCAGAACGAGAUUGGCCGGGUUCAAGACGGCACAGGGAUGAUAGUCGUGAACGUGAAGUACCAAGCUAUAGUUUUCAAGCCAUUUAAAGACGAGGUACUGGACGCUAUCGUUACGGACGUGAAUAAGCUAGGAUUCUUCGCUCAAGCAGGACCUUUAAAGGCCUUUGUCUCACGCACUGCCAUUCAGCCAAGUUUCACGUACGAUAACGACGCGGCGAACCCGUGCUACACAGAUGGAACAAUCAGUAUCAAACCACAGACGGAGGUGCGUAUGAGGAUUCAAGGUAUACGUUAUGACAACUCAAAUAUGUUUGCUAUCGCAACUGUAAAUGCGGACUACCUAGGAGCUUUCGAGAACUAUGCAAAUGCAUAG